AUGUCUGGUGCAGUUGCGCGCCUCGCCGGCAUCAAUGUCGGCUCUGCGCACGUUCAACCUAGUGGUGAUUUCGGUCUCAUUGGCCUGGCGGUCAUGGGCCAGAACUUGAUCUUGAACGCUGCCGACCAUGGCUACACCGUCGUUGCAUUCAACCGAACCGUCUCCAAGGUCGACCGUUUUCUCGAGAACGAGGCCAAGGGGAAGAGCAUUGUUGGUGCUCACUCCAUCGAGGAGUUCGCCGCCAAGUUGAAGAAGCCCCGUCGCAUGAUGCUGCUUGUCAUGGCUGGUCCUGCUGUCGACGACUUCAUCGAGAAGCUCCUCCCGUACUGCGACCCUGGCGACAUCAUCAUUGAUGGCGGUAACUCGCACUAUCCCGAUUCCAACCGUCGUACCAAGUACCUGAAGGAGAAGGGCAUCCGCUUCGUCGGAACCGGUGUCUCCGGAGGUGAAGAGGGUGCACGUUAUGGUCCAUCCCUCAUGCCCGGUGGCAACGAGGAGGCCUGGCCAUUCAUCAAGGACAUCUUCCAGGACAUUGCCGCAAAGUCGGAUGGUGAGCCAUGCUGUGACUGGGUCGGUGAUGCCGGUGCUGGUCACUACGUCAAGAUGGUCCACAACGGUAUCGAGUAUGGUGACAUGCAGCUCAUCAGCGAGGCGUACGAUGUGAUGAAGCGCGGUCUGGGCAUGACCUACCAGGAGAUGUCUGAUACCUUCGCCACAUGGAACAAGGGUGUCCUAGAUUCCUUCCUCAUCGAGAUCACCCGAGAUGUGCUCGCAUACAACGACGAUGAUGGGACCCCACUCGUGGAGAAGAUCCUAGAUUCUGCUGGCCAGAAAGGUACCGGCAAGUGGACCGCCAUCAACGCUCUCGAUCUCGGCAUGCCUGUCACACUCAUCGGCGAGGCUGUCUUCGCUCGUUGCUUGUCGUCAAUCAAGGACGAGCGUACCCGUGCUGCCAAGGUCCUCACUGGUCCGACUGCCAAGUUCACCGGCGAUCGUAAGGAGUUCCUUGCGAACCUUGAGCAGGCAUUGUAUGCUUCCAAGAUCAUCUCAUAUGCUCAAGGCUUCAUGCUCAUGCAGACUGCCGCCAAGGAGUACAAUUGGAAGCUCAACAAGCCAUCGAUCGCUCUCAUGUGGCGUGGUGGUUGCAUCAUCCGAUCGGUCUUCCUCAAGGACAUCACAUCCGCGUACCGUGCUGAGCCUGAUCUCGAGAACUUGCUGUUCAAUGACUUCUUCAACAAGGCCAUCCACAAGGCUCAGGACGGUUGGAGAGACGUCAUCGCCUUUGGUGUCAAGAACGGUAUUCCUACUCCUGCUUUCAGCACUGCGCUGGCUUUCUUCGAUGGCUAUCGCACCAAGGAUCUGCCUGCCAACCUCCUCCAGGCGCAGCGCGACUACUUCGGAGCUCACACCUUCUUGGUCAAGCCCGAAUACAACAACGACAAGUUCCCCGUUGGCCAGUACACUCACGUCAACUGGACCGGCCGCGGUGGCAACGUGUCUGCUUCGACAUACAACGCCUAA